AUGAAAUUAUCGACGAUCUUCGCUGGGUUCGUCGCCUGCCUGUUAUCCGAUGCCACAGCUACUGCAUUGACAUACCAGCUUGCUGCACACGAGAGGGCAUGCUUCUACGCUCAAACCAAGAAGGAGGGCGAGAAGGUGGCUUUCUACUUUGCUGUCCAAUCUGGUGGUGCUUUCGAUGUCGAUUAUGUUGUCCAAGGCCCCGGCCAUAGGGUCAUCAUGGAGGGAGAGAAGGAGCGCCAGGGUGACUUCGUCUUUACCGCAAACCAGGUCGGAGAAUACUCAUUCUGCUUCGACAAUUCCAUGAGUACCUUUGCCGAUAAGUUUGUCGACUUCGAGAUUUCUGUCGAGGGUGAAUCGAAAGCUCAGCUCCCCUCGAAGAAGGGAUCUUCCCCUGAGCAAACGUCAAUCCUCGAGGAGUCAGUUUUCAAGAUCUCAGGCCAGCUCUCAACCAUUUCACGAAACCAAAAGUACUUCCGCACCCGCGAGAAUCGAAACUUCAGCACUGUUCACAGCACGGAGAAGCGCAUUGUCAAUUUCAGCUUGAUUCAAAUCGCUUUGAUUGUUGCAAUGGGCGGUUUGCAAGUGUUUGUUGUCCGGUUCUUUUUCCAGGGCGCUCGCAAGGGAUAUGUUUGA